AAGCCUGAGGAGGGACACAGAUACACACACACAAGCACAGCGGCUGUGCUGAGUGAACAUAUCAGAGGAGACACUUGAACGGGUUUAGAACAUGGAUAUGCAGCGCUGAGGACUUUAUAGCAGAUUCUUCUGCUUUGUCGCGCAUUUUGUGGAUACUUUUACAAAUAUUUUUUCUCUCUCUUUUCAACUAAGUAUAAAUAUGUUGGAUAAACGUGUAGUUGAUUCGCACCGGGACCAAACAGAAGACGUGAGGGGAAAAUCCGCUCCAGGUAAGGAGUCGUUUGAGAAGCAGUAUAAGUUAGGAGCGCUGCUGGGAAGCGGUGGAUUCGGCUCUGUGUUUUCGGGACAGCGAAUCUCCGAUGGUUUACAGGUCGCUAUCAAACAAGUGUGCCAUGACAGAGUGCAGCAGUGGGCAGGACUGACUGGUGAAUCAAGCACAGUCCCCAUGGAGGUGGCACUCCUGCUGAAGCUCGGUGGUUCAGGUCACCCUAGCAUCAUCCGCAUGCUCGACUGGUUUGAGGUGCCCGGUCAGGGUUUCUUUAUCGUCUUCGAGAGACCGCAGCCGUGUCAGGACCUAUUCGACUUCAUCACCGAGCGCGGUGCCAUAGAUGAACCGAUCGCACGAAGGUUUCUGAAGCAGGUGGUUGAAGCGGUUCAGUUUUGCCACUCGAGGGGAAUUGUCCAUCGAGACAUCAAAGACGAGAACAUUCUAGUGGACACACGUACCGGAGACGUCAAGAUCAUCGACUUUGGAUCUGGCGCUCUGCUGAAGGACACUGCCUACACAGACUUUGAAGGAACCAGAGUUUACAGCCCACCUGAGUGGAUCCUUCAUCAGCGUUACGAAGCACUUCCACUCACCGUCUGGUCUCUGGGCGUCCUUCUGUUUGACAUGGUGUGUGGAGACAUUCCCUUUGAGAGAGAUGGAGACAUAGUCAAGGCGACGCCCAGUUUCACUAAGCGUGUCUCUAAAGAAUGCCAGUCUCUCAUUCGCCGGUGCCUGGCGUACCGCCCCGAAGAGCGUCCAAGCUUAGAGCAGAUUUUGCUACAUCCCUGGAUGACAGAGAACUCGGAAGACAUCGGAGACCUGCGGGACGACAGCAACAUCGCGCCGAGUCUUUAAUUUGAAAACAUGGACCGGUUUAAAGAUGGCUGUCGAAACCUCACGCCUGCUGUUUUGAUUAUACACUGGAUUACAUCCCACUUUUACACUGGCCUCUCAACACAUCCUUAUUUAUGGAAAAGUUCUCCGGCAUUGCGUCGUCCCACGGACGCCGUCCCGUCUCCCGUCCCCUGUUCUCCAGCCCACCACAUGUGUAUCUUGAAUCUACACUGCUACACACAACCGAUGCACACGAUAAAUAGUUUUAUUUAUUUACCUAUUUAUUAACACAGACACAUUGUAGGUAUUUAUCUCCUGGACUACAGGGAUGAAGUUUCAGCUCUGUUCCCGUUCACGCUAAAGGACUUAACAGCCAUGAGUGACUGAGAACAUGUUCCUGCCUGGUUCUACAGGCUCUGUGUAUAGUUUGGUUCCCUCGUUUUAAGAGGAGGCUUUUGUGUCGUGUCCUGUUGGGAACGCGGAUACAUCAGCCAGACUGUCGAGUGAUAUGACUGUGCCUUGAUCCAGGAAACGUUCUUGUUUUGUUUUGUUUUGUUUUUUUGAACACAAACAUGAGUCAAAACACCACCGUUCACUAAAUUCCCUUCUGGGAAAUGUAAAAAAAAAUUAUACAUCGAUGUGCCUUUUACUUUCGAUAUCUUUGUUUUAUCAAGUGCUCUGAAGUCAUAACAAGCAGGUGCUGCACUGGUCACGUGACUUAACACGGGCUCAGAAAACAGAGCAGGAAUGUCGUCCCUGACUCAGAAACAGUGUGUGUGUUUACCUAGAAAGAAAGAGAAAGUCGUUUCUGUUAAAGCCAAAGAGAUCUAAAUAAGCACUAGGGUUUGUUUUUGUUUUUCUUUCUUUUUCUUUUUGAAAGCUGUUGAUUAAUUGUGUCCGGGUUUAAGCUACAGGACCAAACGUCAGGCUCGAAUGUUAAAAUGGGACCUUUUCAAGUGCAAGAACGAACGGACUCAUGAAUGUAUUAGAUCUUGUGCUGUUUAAAUUGAAUCUGGCUUUUUUUUGUUUUUGUUUGUUUGUUUUUGAAAGUGAAAAGUCAUCUUUUGUUAAAUGUUGAAAUUUAAAUCCUUGCUGGUUUGCUCGGGUUUGCACAACAACUGUUCUGUAAAUACUUGUGUAUUGAAUUUUUAUAAUUUUGUGGCAGUGGUCACAUGACCAUAUUUAAGUUAAAUUAAAAAAAAAAAACACUGAUAA